UCCUAAUCUUUGAAUUAGCACGUGUUAAAUAAUAUUUUAAUAAAUAAAAAUAAAUAAUUUUAUAGAAUUAUUGUUUUUCAAACGAUCUACUGAAGUGAGUGUUUAUCGUAUUAUAGUCUGAUUGUGUCUCAUUAAGCCUAAUCUUUGAUUUUGUACAAACUUUACUGAAUGUGAAAAUAGUGUUUUUAUUAGUUGUUAAAUUUGAAUAUAGCAAACACAGUAACUUGAGUUUAAGACAGACGUUUAAGGUGUCCUUUUCCUCAAAUUCUUUAACUAUAGCAUUUUCUCUUAAUUUUCUUAGAUUACUCCGUGUAAUUACUCCACAGAAUUUUUUAUUUAAAUUUUUUUUUCAUUUCCUGAUAACACUAUAAAAUGAAUUUAACCUCACAUUUAACCUCAAUCAGUUUCUUUCUUUCUUUCUGUCUUUCUUUAUGCUUUCUUUCUUUCUUUUUUCUUUCUUUUUUUCUGUUCCCUCCCUUUCUUCUUUUUUUCUUAAGGUCACUGGAAUUUGUUAUAUGUUCUGAUUUAAUUUCACAGACAUAGAGCAAAAAAGAAGAUGUUUUUUCUUUUUCUUUUUUGCCAUUUCAUUUUCUGCUUGUAACCAUGAUGAUGAGGUGAGGCUCCUCCUUCAAUAAUUUAAUUCACAUGUUAGUGAUUACAGUGCAUUUUAUUUGGGCUGCUUCAAAUCUGAACCCACUGUUGCUGAUCCCAACUUAAAUACCGGAACAGGAAGAAAAAAGGAGAAGAUUUAUAUAUAUAUAUAUAUAUAUAUAUAUAUACUUUUUGAGGCUUCUUAGCCUGUUCAGAAAGCUGUGCAGUGACAGAAAGCUGGCGGCCAUGUCAGCUGUAUGGGACACUGACUAUCUGUGGAGAGAGGUCCAAGGGGCAAAGUUGGCCUCUCUCUUUGGUCUGGACCGAGCACAGAGUCAGGGAAACGAGUCCUUCCAAUUCACCGCCCCUAAACAGCCAAAAAAGUCCUGCGCCAUCUUAGGCCCGCCUCCUCAGAAGUCCAUCCCUCCUCCAUGUGCUCCAGCUGUGCUGUUUGCUACAGCUGUUCAUGCAUUCAGCUUUGUGAAUGGACAAUAUGUGAAGCAAGGCAAGAUAGGAGCUGCUGUUUUAGGAAACCAUGUCACCAAAGAGUACAAGAUUCUGUUGUACAACAGUAAACAAAAACAGAUGAGUACGGCUCGAAUCCAUCGCGGAUUUGCCCUCACAGUUCAGCCCUGUAACUAUGUCACUUUCUAUGACGACCAGCAACAAAACUGGUCUUUGAUGUUUGACUCAGCAAAGUCCAGGCCUGAGUUCUGUAAGGAGGUGUGCGUGGCCAGGUGGAACAGUGAGGCUUCAUCAGACUCUCUGGUCACUCAGGACCUGGUCCAAGGAGAAGGUCAAGCUGUUGAUGUCGGGGACACAGUGGAGGUGGCCUAUUCUGGAAGGCUUUUACAGAACCAUUCUUUAGGACAGGUAUUUGAUUCCAAUCUGGGCAAAGAAAAGCUGCAGCGAGUAAAGCUCGGAGCAGGCAAAGCUCAGAGGGGAUGGGAGGAAGGGAUGCUUGGCAUGCAGAAAGGAGGUCGACGGCUCCUUAUCGUCCCUCCUAGUAUGGGUCAUGGUUCGAAGGGCGUCCUUCAGCAUGUGCCAGCAAACAGCACUCUGGUGUUUGAUGUUGAGAUUCACAGAGUUAAAUUUUCCAAAGACCGACAAAGUCAGGGAUCAGUUGACACCUUCAGUGCAUCUCCAAGUACACUAGAAGAGAACACCAGCCAAUCGGUCACUGACACAGAUGAGUCAAAAGUCCAAGCACCUAAGGGGAAAGUGGAAUCUGUAUCCCCGACAAGUUCAGGUGCUUCCAAAUCCAAGCUAAUCUCCCGUAUAGCCAAGAUGGGUCAACCCAUGCUUCCCUUUCUCACUGGGGCCAUUCCAGCUCAGCCUGACCCCAGUGACUCAGAAACAGAGGAUACAAGUGAAUUGACUUGUGAUCCCUCUCCUUCACAUUCGCACUCACCAAAACCUGCACAAAUGCCCUGUAGAUCUCCAUCUUUGUCAUAUUGGCCUUAUGAUGCUCAGAAACAGGAAGCAGUGGUGCCAGAAGCAGAUUUAAACGCUACACAAGGCUUUCAGCCAAAUUCUUUCAGACAAAAUCCUUAUUUUCCAUCACAGUUAGAUUCAUUUGCCUCAGUCUUCCCAUCCCAGCACAUUCCAUACCAGACACCUGAUAUUACAUCAUUCUUGAUGUCUGAUGCUCGCCAACACAACACAGAAAUUCUACUGGCUAUUGAAAAGCUGGCACACAGGGUAGACCAGCUUAGCUGCAAGGUGUAUGAGCUGCGAAAAGAGGCUCACUUCUCUUUCAGACACUCAUCUGUGUCCUCAGAGACAAACAUGAUCCUACACAACAUUCAGAGAAUUAUUCAGGAGAGUAUGUGUCUGAAAAAGGAGGUUCUGGAGAAGAGUAGGAACAGUGUAGUGGAGGAACAGAACCACAAAACAGAGAAAAGUGUGAGGUAUAUGGAGCAGAAACACAGCCAGACUUGCCUUCUUCACGCUGAGCAGGAAAAGGUUCCUAUAUCAGGAGAAUGUGAUUCCUCCACCGCACAAGCACAUCGGCUGGAGCAGGAGGUGCUCAGUCUCCAGCAGAGGGCAGAGAAGCAGAAGUGCACACAGAUGAGGGACAUCAGACAAAACAUGGAGAAGGAGAUGCAAGAUCUGAGGGCUGAAAAGGCGAAUCUGGAUCAGGUGAAGCGAUUGCUGAAUGAAGUGUUUCAGUCUCUCAGGACUGAGUUUGAUUGCCACGAGUCUUACAGUGGACACACCGUGCUCGAGAUUCUCCAAAACACCAUCAAGAGUAUCACCGUGGAACUUCUCUCAGAACCGCAGGAGCUUAAAUCAGGCAUAGAUGAAGAUAAAGCAGAGGAAGAGUACUUGUCAACUGAAUAGUGUUUGCAAAUCAAAAAAUAUGGAGAAGGAAAGCAGUGAAAUAGUGGGAAAAGGUCAACAUUAAAAUGAAGCAUUUAUGCUAACAGAACAUCUGUAGAUCAGAACACCUCCAUAUUGCAGUCUGUUUGGCCAUAAUUUCACGUACUGAGAAAGGGCAAAUGGUACUGUCCGAUCACAGUUAAGAAGGCUAAUUAAUGUCCAAUCCGUGGACAGCUGAUACUUUCUCAGUGUUUCAAGGCAAGCAGUUCUUCAGUCAUUGAACUGGAAGAACCCUGAUCUAUAACAACAGUGUCCUGACUAUGAUACAAUUGGAUAUAACUACAAGGUUUUAAGUCAGGUUAACUAGAUACACGCAAAUGUAAUCUUGAGUUUGUUUCAUCAUGAGAACAUUAUUUAAUAUAGUAUUUAGGUUUUAUUUAUAAGAUUGCAAAAUACUUAUCUGAUCAACUUGACAUUUCAGGAAUUCUGGACUAAUAUUGAUU